AUGUCUGAUGAAAUCGAUUCUUCACAUUUUCAAUCAACAGAUCCUUCUAAUUUAUUGCAAUCAACGUCAACAACAACUUAUGACCUUUAUCAUAAAAGUAUUUGUGGUUCGAUUUUAUAUUGUUCACCAACAAAUUCUCCGUCGGAAAUCUUUUCUUAUCUACUUCAUGGAAAAUUUGAUGCAUUCCGUCGAUCUCUUGAUGUCUAUCAUAAAGAUAUAAUUCAAAUAAAAAAUGAAUAUGAACAAACUGUUUUACAUAUUUUAACUGUACGUAAUUAUCCAUAUCAAUGGAUUCGUUUAUUAUUGAUGUUUGAAUGUGAUCCAUGUUGUCAAGAUAUUGAUGGAUAUACAGCUGCACAUUAUGCAGUAGAACGAGAUGAUGUUGAAAUGCUUAAAGCUUUAACAAUGCGUAUUCAUCAUCAAAUAAAAAUCUUUUCAGAAGAACAAACAAAUGCUUUAUAUGAACGUUGCUUAAAAGCUUUAACAAUACGAGAAAAACAAGGUUUAACAGUAUAUAUGCUUGCUUGUCACCAUGAAUCGAUCAAAUGUCUUGAUUAUUUACUUGAACUUAAUAUUAACGAUGUCAAUGUACAAGAUAAUUUUGGUGACACAUGUUUACAUUAUGCUGUUGCUCGUCGAAAUGAAAAUCUCGUCAUUAAAUUACUUGAUCGAUGUAAUGCUGAUAUAAAUGGCGGAGAUAAUACACGACCAAGUGUGCUUGAUAUUUUACAAUAUAAUCGUGAGCAACGAAAACCAUUUGAUAGGACAUUAGAUGAUUCAAUCGAACGAAUACUUGUAAGACAUAAGGCUUCAAAUCGUUGUCAAAUACGACGUAUUGUUAAAAAACGUAAACACUCGAUUGAUAAUGACGAAUUAGUUCAAUCAAGUUUACGUUCUUGUACAGUUGAUUCAUCAACAAAUUCAGAAAUAGAAAUAGCAAGAAAUUAUGCUCAAAUUGCACUAUCAUUACAAAACCAAAGUAAACUUAAUGAUGCUCAGGAAUAUUAUAAACGUGCAAUGAACUCUAUAUCGAAUAAUAAUCUUGAUUGGGCUGAUUAUGCAUUCAAUCUUGCUCUUAUACAUACGAUUCAUGGAGAAAAUGAAUUAGCAAUUGAUUUAUUAGAACAAGCAUUAGCAGUACGAAAACAAUUUGAAAAUGAAACAGAAGAUAUUGAGAAAAUUCAACGCGCUAUCGGCAAUAUUCAAAAACAAAGAUGA